AACUACACCCCUUGUAGUGCAAUAUAAGAGAGAUUGCACAUACACUUCCUGGUAUUUUUGAUUUGUGGGACCCUACUAUGUGCAGGGCAUUUUAACCUGCCUGGAUCACCUAAAGACAGCUAUGACUAACUGGUAUCAACUGUCAACCUAACUUUUGAAAGCAGAGGCACAGUUAAUGACCUAAAAAAUGGAAAAUGAAACAUAUACCUUAACUGGAUACUUUGUUAAUGUGCAUACUGCACAUUAAUAGAAAUGUGUAUAGUGUCUGUUUUGCUUGAAGACUGUACAGGAAGCUAAAGAUGUUGACAAAAUUGCAACUGUGAAUGAGUAGUAAGGUCUCAGGGUGAAUUUGACCAGAUGGUCUCAGUCUGCUGCUGGCACAUUGUGUAAACAGGUGGGACCUGAGUGACUGCAGAUUUCAUGCGAGAAGAGCAAUUUUUAUUUUUGUUUGUUGAGAGUAGUAGAAGAACUUGUGCCCAUCAUGCUGAGUACCUUGGGAAAAGCCAUGGCAAGGGGAGACCUGCCAUUUAUACUACCCAUGACCAAAGCAAAGCCACAGAGCAAUACAGAUGAGCUUGAAGUAGAGGUGAGGGGCACCAAUGGAGCUUUCUAUCAGGGAUUUGUCAGAGACAUACACAAGGAUGCCAUCACUGUUGCUGUUGGAAACACCUGGCAGGCUGAGAAGCGAAUACUAUUCCAAGAUGUAAGAUUUCCACCUCCUCCUUCUUACAAUAGGAAUAUCAGUGUAGGUAAUGAAGUAGAGGUAUAUACCAGAGUAAAUGAAAAAGAGCCACGGUGCUGGUGGCUUGCUAAGGUUUUAAAAAGAAUGAAGGAAAAUAUUGUUGUAGCAUUUACAGCUUAUGGCAAUCGUUAUACCAAGAAUGUCACAAUCAAACAACUGCGUCUGGUCAAUCCAAACAAACCGUUAGGAAAAAAUGAUUUCUGUAAAGUCACAUUGGACGUGCCCACAGAUUUACAGCAUGUGUUUGCAGAGGAAUUCCUGCUCGAAGACUUUAAAAAGGCAAUCGGGGCAUUUUCUGUAAGGUACGACUGGGUGAGCAGCCAGAUCAUCAUUUUGUCUUCCAAUGAAUUUACUGGGAAAUGGGUAAACAUGCUAAAAGACAACCUUUUCCACAGUCUUAAGCUCAAGCAGUUUCUUAAGGUAGGCAAGAAAAAGGCCAGGGAAAAACUAGAGAAAUUCUCGGCUAAAUAUCAUGACCAGGUCAUGGUAAAACAACGACUAAUAGGUCUUGCAAUUGGGAAGAAGGGCUCCAACAUUCAGAAAGCAAAAAAGAUACCAGGAAUAAUAGCAAUUGACUUUGAUCAAGAGAACCGCACUUUUCAUAUUUAUGGAAACAGCAGAGAGUCAGUGAGUAAAGCCAAAGCCUACAUGGAAUUCAAAGAGAAAGAGCUUCAAGUGUCGCAAAUCUUGGUAGGAAAAGCCUUUUCAAAAAACAGAAACUUCAUUCGGCAAAUUGCAAAAAAAUCUGGUGUUGUGUAUAUCCGUACUGAAGAUGAAGAAUAUCUGUCCACAGAAGGGCAUCUAGUAAACUUUAUAAUUGUAGGACGGAGGGACAAUGUUGUUGCUGCAUAUGUCCUUCUGGAGUGUCACCUUAACAAUAUAAGCCUACUGAAACCACUGCGUGUGGGGAGUCUGCAGAUUGAUCAGCCCCUUCAACAAAGCAGUGUCUGCCCAACACACGUAGCAAAUCAUCCUGAUACAGAGAGUGGGGAGCUGCUUUCAGACCAUGAAGCUGAACUCCUUGAUUGGUCUGCUGCUCCGUUUGAAGAAUAAGAUAUUCAAAAAGAUUGGAUAGGAAACAGCAUGAACUGAUAAGCAAUUAUAUCAACGACAAUAUGUUUUUAAAAGCGAAAAUAAAACCAUAUUCACUUAA